ACUAUUAUAAAUUGAGCAAACGCUUACCCCCUUUCAGUCCAACUUUCCUCCAAAAGGACCAAAACCCCUCGACGAACAUAAAAAAUCAAAUUUCGCGAUCUAGGGUUUUCUCUGCAAACAAAUGGCUGAUUCACCUCGACGAAGGUACUCACAAUCUCCACCCUAUGAAGCACCACCAUCAAGGUCUCGGUCCAGGUCACGCUCUAGAUCAAGAUCAUGGUCAAGGCCUAGAGGUAGACCUGCAUCUAGGUCAAGAUCCAGAAGCCGUGGACGGGAAGAGGAGAUUGAAAAUCCUGGAAAUACCCUUUAUGUAACUGGCCUAUCUACACGCGUCACUCAAGAGCAGCUUCAAGAUCAUUUUUCAAAAGAGGGAAAGGUCGCCAACUGCUUUCUGGUUGUGGAGCCUCGUUCACGCAUCUCUCGUGGGUUUGCUUUUAUAACAAUGGAAACUGUUGAAGAUGCCAACCGCUGCAUAAAGCAUCUUAAUCAGUCGGUUCUGGAGCAUCGUCAAAUAACUGUUGAGAGGUCACGAAGGAAACGCCCUAGGACACCUACACCUGGUCAUUACCUAGGACUGAAAAACGCUAGGGACACCGGGUAUCGUGGUGACAGAGGCGGCAGGUAUCGUGGACGUGAUGACUAUGGAUACCGUAGGUCUCCGCCAAGGAGGUCCCCGCCACCAUAUAGAGGUGGUGGUGGUGGUCGUGAUUACUCUCCUCCUCCAAGGAGGUCUCCUCCACCGUAUAGAGGUGGUGGCGGGCGUGAUUACUCACCACCUAGGCGCUCGCCUUAUUAUGGUGGCAGAUCAAGGAGGGAGCGAACAAGGUCUCCUCCAUACAGGAGUCCUGAAAGGCACUAUGGUCGUCGCUAGCUAUAUUAUGAGCCGUUGCGGAAUGGUGAUUCCAAAUGUUGUCGUAGUGCAUUUGGAAGAUGCUUUUUGUGUUUGUUUGUCUAGAGGGGUGAAUUUGACGGAUGUUGAACUGUUUGUUGUUGUGGACAUCUAGUUUAUGGUUUGUUAAGGAUAUUGCAGGUGAUUUUAGCUGAUACUUGUUUGAAUUGUCAUGGUUUUUAUGCAACUUUUAACAUGGC